CAGUUAGUCUUGUUUCGCGAGCGGAAUAAAUUAGAGAGGUGGGAUUUAGAGAGAGAGAGAGAGCGUGUGCAGUUUAAACGAGGAAGACGAUGCCAUAGGUCUCUUUUGCUGUGGAAUGUUGGGACUGCCCACUCUCACAACUCGCCCUUCACUUUGCAUAAUCACGAAAUAGGCAUCCGAUGUGCAUUACUUCUGUAGAUGACUGAGCAUGUUGAUCCUCUGGAUGGUGUAUUAGUAUUCAACUGGAGGAGGCCCACAGUAAUUGGUGGACUACUUAAUUAUUUGAGGCAUUUUUCAUGCGUUAUUAUCGAAGCUUUUAGGGGCUCGUCUAAGUUGGUAACUACACCCAAUAGCCAUUCUUUUGCUGCCAUGGCUUCAGCUGAGCCUAUAGAUAUCAGUUCCUCAGACAGUGAUGAUUCAGAUUUAUGGGAAAUAGAUAAUUAUAGAGAGGACUCUCCGAGCAGGGAUACUGCGACUACUAUCAAUGGUGGGGUCCCUCCAUCUCAAGCAUCCUCAUCUCGUCCUAAGUCCGCAGGUCACAAUGUUUUUUCUCAUGAAGUUCCUUCAUCUUCUAAGAGGCAAUUUUUUCAGUAUGAUUCUCCAGUGGGAAACAUCAACCACUCUAGCAGUUUCAGAAAACUUCCAUCUUGGGCACCUAAAUCGACAGGUAUCAAUGGUCCUUCUCUUAAAGAUCCUUCUUCUUCUAAGAGGCGACCUGUUUAUGAUGAAAUCCCAUCAAGACCACAAAAGCGGCUGAAUAUUGGAGAGGCCUCUGGAUCUUCAACUUCAAGGAUAGACAAUAAUAUUCAUCCUACGAAAAGAGUCUUUCCUGGUUUUCAGCCUUGUACCUCUAACCCGCAAUUUCACAAUCUAAUAGAAAAUAGGGGUGCUACUGAAAUUCGUGAGACAUUGGGAAAAUCGGUAUGGUCAACUCCUUCUAAUGGAAGUAGAGUAUUGCCCCAGACUAUGAUGCCUGGAAAAUAUUCUUCAACCACUCCAUUGGUUGGUUUAAAAGAUUCUUUCCAUCAAACUGGGGUAGGUGAAGAGAGGCCUGCAGGACCUGAUGAGAGAUUUGUUUUCCAAGCAGCUGUGCAGGAUAUUCAUCAACAUAAAAGAGAAGCUACUUUCCCUGAUGGACUCCUGUCAGUUUCUCUUCUUAAGCACCAGAAAAUUGCUUUGGCUUGGAUGCUUCGUCAGGAAUCAUCUGGUUUAUGCAUCGGGGGAAUCUUGGCUGAUGACCAGGGCCUAGGCAAGACUAUUUCAACAAUGGCCCUCAUACUAAUGCAAAAGAAUUUGGAGGCCAAAUCUGAAGCUAAGCAGUCAUCGUCAACCAAAACCGAAGCCUUUAACUUGGAUGAUGAUGAUGGAGUUAGUGGCUGUGUUGUUCUUGAUGAUGCAAACCAGAUUGAAGUAUCUGAUGGUUUAGCAAUACUUCCACAAGCGAGUAAUUCAACAAAUGGAUUCCGCAGCAGUAGGCCACGAGCAGGGACAUUGAUCAUUUGUCCAGCCAGCGUUAUCCGACAAUGGGAUCGGGAGCUGGAUGAGAAAGUCACAAAAGACGCUAAACUUCAGGUUCUAGUAUAUCAUGGUGGCAAUAGAACCAAGAGUCCUGAUGCAUUGGCAAAAUAUGAUGUUGUUUUAACAACAUAUGCUAUUGUUUCAAAUGAACUUCCAAAACAACCUUUGGCUGAGGAUGAUGAGGAUAAACUAAAGGACAGAGACCGAUACGGUAUAUCUUCUGAAUUUUCCAUGGAGAAGAAGCACAAAAAGUCAUCAGUUAGUAAGAAGUUCAAGAAGGGUAAAAAGGAUGUUGAUGUGAAUGCUUUGGAUAAAAAUUGUGGUACAUUAGCAAGGGUUACAUGGUCUAGGGUUGUUUUGGAUGAAUCUCAAACAAUAAAAAAUCACAGAACACAAGUAGCUAGAGCCUGUUGUAGCCUUAGAGCAAAACGAAGAUGGUGCCUUUCUGGAACUCCAAUACAAAAUUCUAUAGAUGAGUUAUUCAGCUACUUCAGAUUUUUGAGAUAUGAUCCAUAUAAUGACUACAAAACCUUUGUUUCUACUAUAAAGGGUCCUAUAGCGAGAGACUCGGUUGUAGGCUACCAGAAGCUUCAACUUGUCUUAAGAAAUAUCUUGUUGCGCCGAACGAAAGGUGACUUAAUUGAUGGUAAGCCUAUAAUCAACCUACCUCCCAAAAAGGUACACUUAAAAAGGGUGGAAUUUUCUGUGGAAGAACGAGCUUUUUAUGAGAAACUUGAGUUAGACUCACGCAAACAAUUUAAGGCUUAUGCUGCUGCUGGUACUGUCAAUCAAAAUUAUGCAAAUAUCCUACUGAUGCUUUUGCGUCUGCGCCAAGCUUGUGAUCACCCAUUACUUGUCAAAGGGCUCAGCUCUGAUCCCAUUGGAAAGGAUUCCUCUAAGAUGGCCAAGAAUCUUCCCAGGGAACUUCAAGUUAAUUUGUUGAAACAAUUGGAAGCUUCACUGGCCAUAUGCCUUGUAUGCCAAGAUCCUCCUGAAAAUGCAGUGGUCACAAUGUGUGGACAUGUUUUCUGUUAUCAAUGUGUUUCGGAUCAUUUAACUGGCGAAGACAAUACAUGUCCUGCCCAUCAAUGUAAAGAACAACUCGGUGCCGAUGUUGUAUUUUCAAGAUCUACUUUAAGGAGAUGCCUUUCUAUUGAUGUGGAUGGUGAUAGCCCUGUUCCGGACGAACUGUGUGAUGAGUCUACAGUUCUACAGAGAAAGUACGUUUCAUCAAAGAUCAAGUCCGUUCUUGAAAUUCUGAAUUCAUGUGUAUCAAAACGUCAGAGUUCAGAGUCACAUGAUUUGGUCAUAUAUGAUGCUUCAUCAUCAGCUGUUCAUGAGCAUGAGCCAGUGAAUAUAGCACCUGAAAAGGCUAUUGUUUUUUCACAAUGGACUAGCAUGCUGGACUUAGUUGAGAUGUCACUGAAGAAUAACCAUAUCAGUUAUCGGAGGCUUGAUGGUACUAUGUCAAUAGUUGCUAGAGACAAAGCUGUUAAAGAAUUCAACACUGAUCCUGAGGUGGAUGUCAUGUUAAUGUCUCUGAAAGCUGGGAAUCUAGGGCUUAACAUGGUCUCUGCAUGCCGUGUAAUCCUUUUGGAUCUUUGGUGGAAUCCGACAACAGAGGAUCAGGCUAUUGAUAGAGCUCACAGAAUAGGGCAGACACGCACAGUUACUGUGUCGCGGUUAACUGUCAAGGACACAGUUGAGGAUCGCAUCUUGAGUCUUCAGGACGAUAAGAGAAAAAUGGUGGCAUCAGCAUUCGGGGAAGAUAAAAGUGGCAGCCACGGCACUCGCCUCACAGCGGAAGACCUGAGAUUUUUGUUCGAGGGCUCAGGACGUUGAACAACUUAUUUUUCCUUUAGAUGCCUGCAAUGCAAUGGGCAAUUUUUGUGGCUCUGUUAGACCCAAAUACUUGGUUGUACAUAUUUAAGUGGGAAGAGUGUAUGCUGCAAACAUUGUGAUUCUUGACUAGAGCUAGAAUAUAUAAUUUGAACAUGGCAUUCUUGUCUAUGUACAAGACCAAAUUAAGUGAUUUCAUUUUGUAA